CCGAUUGACGCUCGCUGUUGCUACAGAGACUGUUUCUACGGUAACUGUGCCUUUAAAGCUAAAGCUAAGCGCUACAAUUACCAUUUUAUAUUGACCAUACAGAGCAACGUUAGCCGGGCCUUAUAGUAUAUCUCCUUUAUUUUCACUGAGCUAGUGAGGGAGGCUGCUUUCCCGAAAGCUCCACCAUCUUCAACAAACAGCAGCGCUCCCUUAGAGCAGAAGGACUCCAGCUGAUAUUGGAGGCCGUGGUUGAUGAUUAACGAGCUGCUCGGAUUUAUUUUCUGCUGCGAUGCUGUCAGGCAACACUUCACUUCCCGCUAGGAAACGACUCUGCCUUCCUCCUCCAGACGCCGCUGCUUUUAGAGGAACCGCAAACCCAGCAGCACACGUCUCAGUCCAGAUUGGACCAUCGGCACCCUGAAGAUCAAGCGGGUCAGGACCACCUGGCAUCAUCUAGAGCUCUGACCGGCCCACUGAGCAGUUAACAAUGCAUCCGAGCUGCCAUAAGGAAUCAGCACUGCCAUGUCCACCAAUGGGCACAAGAGACUGCCACUGCCCAGUAUGCCUGCAGACGGCCACGUUCCCGGUCCAGACCAACUGCGGCCACUUAUUCUGUGCCAACUGUCUGCUUACCUACUGGAGACACGGCUCCUGGUUGGACGCAGUCAGCUGUCCUCUCUGCAGACAGAAGGUCAGCGUCCUGUGUAACCUGUUUAAGGAGAGCCGAUCAGAUCAGCAGUCCAAGAAAGUUCUCGGGGAAAUCACAGACUACAACAAGCGCUACUCUGGAGCGCCACGAAAGGUGACGGACUACCUCUGCGACGCGCCUCUUCUUCUGCAGUUACUGACUCGGGGUCUAGGCACCAUGGGAGGCCUCGUCUGGCUCUUCCUCUUCAGGGUGGCUCUGUGCUGCGUGGGGACGGUGGUGUCCAUCUCCUCGCCCACCCUGCCUCCAUCGUCGGGUCCCCUGGACGCGGACGCCUCUCUCUGCGGCCUGUUGGGGGUUCUGGACGACCUGGUGGUGGUCGGUCUGCUGCUCCUCUGCGUCAUCAACGUUAACCAGCAAAUUACUCCAGAAGGAGGACGCUCUCCGAGCAGGACGGCCUCACAGGGCGUCAUGGGGGGCUCGCUGUAGUUUCAUGCCGCUUUGUCAGUAUAAGCGGUUUGAAAUGGACUUCUAUUGGAUUUCUAAUCUCCGCUUUGCUGGAUUAGCAGAUGAGAAAAUAUUGACAAGCGCAGUUUGCUAACAGUGUGGGAGUCGGACGCCGUCUGAGCCCCUCAGACUGUGGACUCCGGGCCAAAUUGUCGAGUGUUUACAGAGCUUAUGUAACGCUGAUCCAUUCAAAUGCAGCGUGCUGGUUCAGCUGUCGUUACAAAUCCUCAAGUUCGUGAGCUGACAAGCGUCAACUGGCUGCCGUCUGGAAAUUUAUUAUCACGAAAGGAAAGAAAUGGGUUGAUGUGGUGGAAAUGACUUGUUUUUAAAUUUAGCAGG